AUGGCCGGCAGAAAGCAAAGGAAGAGGAAGCUUUUAGCGGGGGCGUCCAUUCGCACCACGCUGAACCUCGAGACCGUCCUUCCCGUCCUGUAUGUCGACGAUAUGGAGGAGGUGCGAGCCAAGUACAAACCUUUUGGUGUCAUUGAGGACUACCACUCUGACGAUAACGACGCGGAUGGCGAAAGCGCUGAUGCAAAGCUGCAUGCUGCUCUACAGCGAACGAGAAAACGAGGCCGUGUGUCUUCAGCGGUGACCACCAUAGACCCUGUUGUGAGCGGAGAUUUACCAACACCUCGCGUGGGAUGGGCGAAGACGGCGCUGCGCGAGGACACACCAUACAGCUUGCUUCAGCGCCGCGAUCUCUUCGAGCGAUGCUUCUAUGUAAUGGAUCACGAUGACUACGUGUGGUGCCACGAAAACGCCGUCCCAAGUGCCUUCUUUGUGGAGGUCGUCACACAUCUGGAGAGGGCCUACGCCAAGCAACUUAUCACGUUUGCCAGCGACAUACAGGCAACGGCAGGGGCGGUGAAUAGCACUACCAAGAACAAGAAUGACAAUGACCAAGUUCAGGAGGGGCACGUUGCUGAAAUAUGCGGUGUGUGCGCGCGGCCAGAGCUUGCUGGCGAGGAGGAGCACUUCCUUCACUGCCGGAGGUGUGGGUGCCUGGCACAUGUGCGCUGUUGGUUUCUGGAUCGACUCCCGCCACACGCAGACGACUGGCGCUGCCCCAGCUGCGCCGUUGCGCGGCGUGAGAGGGGCGUGGGGCACUGUCACUUGUGUGGGCGCCGCGGAGGCGUGAUGCUGCCGUACAUCUCGAGCUCUGACUGGAAACAGCAAAAGGUUGAGGUAUCAUCCCUCUUUUGUCACAUUGUUUGCUGUCUCGCCUUUGAGGAGUUGGCACUUGACGUGAAACACCGCGUUGUUCAUCCGGCGAGGCGCGCCAAAAAGGCUGGACAGCUGGGUCACUGUGCGUUCUGCCACGGCCACUGCUCAGGGGCGCGCGGGCGGUGCCACCACCCACGCUGCUUUGAGGUGAUGCACCCUGUAUGCGCACAGCAGGCAGGUACGAUUGAGUGCUACCGCUCUCCACAGGAUACAGUUGGCAGCGGGCCGUGGGAGGGGUGCCGCUUGUACUGCCGCGCGCACUUUCGAGGGGUAGUGGGAAGCGAGUCGGAAUCUGCACGAGUUGGUGAGUCUGCAGAGGCGCAGGCCCUUUGCGAUGUGACACUCGCGCUGCUGGAUAGUAGCACGGAGCCGUCGCGGAAGGUUCGCCGGUCCGCCACCAGACGUGCGGUUACGCAAUUGGACGCUGUGAAAGAGUAUUGGAAAAUGAAGCGCGCACAAAGACAUCGAGAAGGCACUCAGGCUGUUGAGGAUAUUCAAAAAGGCCGAUGCGAUUUUCUUGCUGUGCUGUUUCGUCCAGAAGUCAUGAAAAUCACACCAACAGAGGUGUGCCUUUCACGCUUCGUCUGUCUCAUUCCGGAACUGCAGCACCAUGUCAACGCUAUGGUUGAGGGCCUGCUGCCUAUUCCAGAUGAUGAGUACGACGACGUACAAGAGUAUAGAAAGAUCCAGAGCCGCACCCGUCACGGGGGCGACACAGUGAAGCUAUAUGAAAAGAUGCAGGUUGUGGAGUCUAGCAUCAAGGUGUUCUGUGAGCUGGCUGAUCUGUUACACCAACGUGCCGUUGUGCGGCGCGAGUGGGUAGAGACCGAGUUGCAGUUUCUCGACGCAAAGUGCCAAUGGGGCAGUUUUGCAAGGUAA